GGUGUGCUAGCUGGAGCCUGUAUGUAGUGAAGGGAGCCACUUCUGCCGUUCGCUUUGACACUUGGGUACACAGCGACAGAAUUCAGACUUCACUCUCACACACCGGAAUCCCCCACCCUUCCAACCAAUUAACGCGCCGAAGGACCUCAGCGCCGCCCCAACUUUAUCAUGAUUCAGUAAUUCACGCGGAUUCGCGACAUCCUGGCCAUCUUACAUGCCGGGUACUCAUACAUGCCAGACACUCACUCACAUCCUCCGAAUAAAAACACUGCGACAUGCGAAAACCCAAGAGCGUGAGAAAGUCGACGAAUGAUAUCUCGCAGCUUCACUUCUCCACUUCUCCAUCCAUCCAUCUAGAACUGGACAACGUUGACUGUUUCGAUUUCUUCUUCUUUUCCUCUUCUUGCUGGGCACCUCGCAUUGCCAUCUGUCAUUGAUUCAAUUCGAACGUUGACUGUUCUGCACCUAAAACAUACACGCAGCCAUCCACUCCGCUCCACUCCAUUUGUUUUCUUAUUUUCGAUAUUCUACCGUUGCCGUCGAAUCCAUAAUUCACGUCCAUCGGCCCCAAAUGCACCCAGCAUCUCAGAGUGUAUGGAUAUUUUGAUUGGAUUCGAGAAUUGAGAGCGUGUUGUCCCAUCAAAGAGGGCUUCGUGGAGCACAAUCUGCAACCUGCAAUCUACACUGAUUCGAAACUUUGUCAAAAGCCCAUCACCAAUAUCCAAUAAAAAUCUACACAUCUUUCGAUCCUCUUCAGUCGAGACUGGAUCGACACGAUUUUACGAAUUUCCUUUUUCUCUCUGUUCAAUCAUCAAUUUUCCGCGUUGUUAACCAAGUGUACCACAAUAAUUCACCACCACCACCCACCACUACAACCACUACCACCAUUCACAACCCUCUCCAUCCAGCCUAAUUUAUGCCUUCUGCCAACUUGCGAUACUGCACGAAGCCGAUACCACGAGGACUACCUACAUGCAACUUACCGAAUCUUCUUGCUAUGAGAACAGUAAUCUGCUGAAAUAAGAACAAACUCGAAAACUAACACAGGGUUUUCCCGGAAUUAUUUUCUUUUUAAAAAGCCCCAUUUUUAUUCAACUUUAUGCUCAUCACUCAGACGACGAACUGGCUCAGGAUGCCGUCCCGUGAGCUGGGAAGCUCUUCUGAAGCUCCAAAUAGCGCUCAGAGUGUUGGAACAACUUUAUUGAAAAGGCAUAAGAUCCUACCUCAUCCAAAAGAAGUCCGCCCUUCCGACACAUCGUCCCAAUCACAGACAUUUAAAUCUCGUGAUAGAAGUGCAGAAGCAGAAUCAACGCCAGCACAAAAUUCCGAAAACCCAAAUCCGCGUAUGUUGAAGCAUACUUCGAAAAGGAUUGGCGUUCCCCUACUUCCGCCAACUCCACCAGCGCAUUCGCGACAAUCAUCUAGCACCAGCAGUAUUCUUGUGGUACCCGCGCCAAAUUCUGAGGUCCCGCCUGUGAAAGAUUCCAGAGUAGAAUCAAAACCGACCACGCCAACAAUUCAAAAAAGUCCACCCACUCCCGAUGUCACACCUCCACGCGCAAUGCCACCAUUGGCAUUCCGUCCAGCAUUAGCAAGCUCGCGGUACCCCUCUUCGCGAACUGAUUCCUUCCGAACAGCGGUGGAAAACUUAUAUUCGUCAGAUGAGGAUGAAUCAUCCACCGUCCGACCACGAAUUCCCUCUGCAAAACCGUCCGAGGCAGAAGUAUUACAAAUUCCGCGUAAAGAAAUCGGGCUGGGCUUGGGUCUAGAAUCCGAUAACGAGGGUUCUACAACACCAAAGGCAAAGGAAACAUCGUCAUCACAGCAUGAAUUUGGCGCUUUUGAUGGAGAAUGGGGUACCUCUCAAGGAGAAAUAAGCGAAGUAGAACGGGAAUGGGAUGAUAAUCUCAUGAGGAAUGUAGUAGUUAGGAAGCGCAAGGAUAGGAAUAUCAACUUUGACGAGGGAGGUGCAAACGUCGAAGUAGGGGAAGAUUAUCUGAUUUCAUCAACAGAAGCCACGAAAAUUGUUCGAGAAUUGUCUGUACAAGAGGACCUCGAAAGUCACUGGCUGGAGAAAGAUAGGGUGGAACCUAUGUCGAAAAGUGGCACAUGGCCUAGAGUACGGAAAGGCAGCGCAGAAUCUCCAGCAUUGUCAGAUACAAGAAGGUUUUCUACUAUGUCUGGUCGCUCAACCACAUCCACAGUCGUUGAAGCUUUUGUCGUUGAUGCACCGCCCUCGCGAAUGAGAACCCUCCGCCAUACCAAAAAGCAGAUUGGAUUGAGGGAUUUUAAUUCAAAUGAAUCAACCAUAAGCUCCGCACCACCAUCUGAGAAAUCGAGCGAGCAACACCAUCGUUUAUUACACAAAGCUGAACGAAUACCUGAAAGACACAAUGGAAGUUUGACAUCGAUCACUACCCCAAGCAUCACUUCGAGUCAUAAAUCGCGCCGGAAGAUCAUACGCGAGGGCGGAGUACCUGUCGUGGUAAUUCCAGAUCGCAUGUCUUCGGCAAAGUCUUCUAAACCUCCAUCUCUACGUUCAACCAGCAGUCGACAAACCAAAAGAAGUAAUUCUCUACGGUCGGCUCCCUUGUCACAAUCUUCGAGAACAAAUGAGCCUGGGUACUUUGAUAUCGUGCGACCUACCAAUAAACGUACAAUGUCAGAAUCUGCCGGAUCGAGCAAUUCUGUACAUACUAUCGAUUACCCUCCAAGUAUUCCAACUCGAAGAUCUUCACUUUCCGCUCCAACAAGCCGAAACACGUCGAGAGCUGGCUCAUUGACUGCGGAAAGUCUCAAAGCUCACAAUAUGCUUCAGGAAAAGCAGUCCCUAAAAACAGAGCCAGUGGAGGCAUCAAAGCCUGUUGUCUCUGAGAAAGAGAUUGAGCCACAACAUGCUCGUUCAAGCAUAGAUAAUAAUCGAUUAAGUAUUGAUCAUCCUGACGAACGACAAUUCCAUGCACGGCGAUCUACACAGGCUACACCAUUUUCGCAAGCAUCAUACGAGACAGCAGGCACUGCAGCAACGACCGCUGAAAUCUCGCAGGCUAUGGCAGUGUCGAUGGUUCCACAUCAAAAUAAGUCAUGGACAAUGAUACACAGAGAAUCCGAGCCAUCGCCUCCUACUUUGAGACGAUUGAUCACACAACCAACUGUUGAGGUGAAUGGUGAAACUACUAAUGGUCCUACAACUCCCCCACAAAAUCUACAUACAAUGGAUGGAGUUAUCUCACCAUUGCGAAAUCCUCGUGCCCCGCCUGAACCACCGGCGAUCAAAUUCAUUCCUCCAACUCCAUCUGAUAUGUCGCCUGGAGCAGCGGAAGAGCGCCGAUUAGGGUUUGACUUCGAUACUCGAAUGGAUGAUGAUGAUGAUGAUGAUGACCGACCAUCAUCGUCAGACAAACUCAAACGUAACUUCUCCCUUCGUCGUGCUUUUACCAACCGACGUCAUUCAGAUGUUAUAAUACCAGAAACUGGUUUGUUAAAACGUAACUUCUCACUGAGUGGUCGCCGCAAGGAUACUCCAACUCAAACCCCGAAACCAGAGGCAAAUCCUUCUACACACUAUCCAUCAGUUCUCGAUCAGCCUGCUGAUGAUAGCAAGCUACACCCAUUUUGGAGACCAGCGAAUUUCUGGGACGAUCUAGAAGAAAAUGACAACGAUUCAGAUGACGAAGAGGAUUACUUCCCUGAGUAUCACAGUCCAGGAAAUAGACGUGUGAUCCCAAAACGUGGCCUUAGUGGGAAGUUAAAACGUACAUUUGCGAUUCUUCCAUUGUCUUAUGGCAAUGAUGAUUAUAAUCAAGCCCCGUUGGAUCGGAAGACAAUGCGAAGGUCUCCCAGUGGCAAUGCUUUAAGGGUUGUAAAGCAAAGAAGCAAUAAUACAUUAAGACGAGAGGCAGACCAGAGAAUUAUUCGUGAAGCAAAGCCUGGAGAGUUUGGUCAUGGCUUCAAAGAGGGGAAUGGAGGUCGCAUUCACACAAUUCCUGGCUUAGGUUUAAGGAUUGAAUAUGUGGGUUUAAAAGGACUAGGGAAAAAACUCAGUGAAAGAAGAAGAGAACAGAGAAAUGCAAAGUUGCGAGCUACUAUCAGUGGACCCCGUGGAUUGAGAAACGGAAUUGAUGAGGUCUUGGAAUCAAGGAGCGCAGAAUCGCGAAACGUGAUUUGAAAAAGCAGAGAAGUGGAUGUUACAAAAUGAGGAUGGAUAUACCCAGUGGGAUUAACGAAUGAAUGACUUGAUAGAAUUGGGCGAACGAAAAUACCGGCGCAUCUGGACGAUUUCUUGGACAAUGUGGGAUCACCGCCACACAUGGAUGAAAACGACAAAGUUAUGACCAACACAUGUAUUAUGAAGGAAAGAUUUGAUGUUUUUUUACCAGCUUUUACUUUUGCUUUUCUAUAUGUAUUACUCUGUAUCUGCUGCGUGUUAGUUUUUCUUUGCGAUGUGUUUCCUUCCCAUGUUCUUUUCAAAGAUGACGCAUCAAGCAGGCUUGGAUGUUUCGUCUCUUAUUCCUUUCUUAUGAGUUGAUUGGCAAUUGAAUGGAUGAAAUUGUGGAUGAUGGAUAUUCUAGGACGGUUUCAUUAAUUGGAUGGCUGACGAUGAAAGAUUUACUAUAUUGUUUUUCAACUUGAUACCUUCCAAGUCAAGUUCUUCUAUUUAUGCUCAAGCUCAUAGUCUACUUUUGUUUUACUUCUAUUUUAACGAUGAAAGCAUCUCCUGAAUCUAGAAAUCUGUUAGCUUAUAUGGUAGGUACAGCCAGCUAGCAGUAAAAAAUGGAGGUGGUGUCUUUACACACGCUGGCUGGAGCCAGGAGAUAUUGGUCGGGCGGUAAAGUGAAUGAGUUGUGGUCGGAAGAGGUUUGAAUGAGAUGCGUGAUGAGAGAUGCAUGUGCAAAUGAUAUGAUUCAAAAUUAAAAUUCUUAGAUUAUGAACUGGAAUGGAUAUAACUAUAUGAUAAACAAAAGUUAUUAAUCAAAUUGAGGCUUCAAAUGUGCAAAUCAAAUCUAAUAAGAUGAGAUAGAAUCUGAAGCGAAAAAUCA